AUGGGGAACCAGGAGGCCAAGCAGAGGAAGGUAGCAGGGGAAGAUGCCCCCUGUGAUGGGGGAGUCGAGGAUAGGGAACCUGAGAGCUCCAAGAAAGUCAAGUCCAAAGGGGGAGAUGGUGACAAGAAGAAAUCUCAAUCGGAAUCCAAAAGCUCUGUGUUUUCCAGCAUGCAGAUCAGGAAGAGUCUGUCUAAGGCAAAGGGGCUGUCCAAGGAGGUUAUCCUGGACGGCAAGAGGUCCCAGCUGGAGGAGGCUGAUGGGGUCAACAGCAGCCUCUCUGCAGACGAGCUGGGAAUGAUGUCGGAUGGUGACCCAGAGCAUGGCCGCUUGACAACGUCGGAGGCAGAGGACGAGGGCCGGAGGACCAGUUCAGGAUCAGACGGGGACCUCUACAGCUUCCACUCUGCUAUGGCUGAGCAUGAGGAUCUGCUCUCUGACAUCCAGCAGGCUAUCAGGGAGAAUCAUGGGAACAUUGAUGUGGUCCUGGAUAGAGUCUCUGUCCUUUUGGCUGAGGGGAUCACCUCCUCCACCUCAGAUGGUGAUUUUAAACCCUUAGCCCCUGACCCCUCUGACCCACAAGAGGUAGGCUCCACUCUGGGGCCAGACCUGGACAAGGGACAGGUUGAUGAGACACCUGAGACUCAGGACGACCUGGAGAGCCCGGUGCUGACCUCCCAGCUGACUCAGAGCCAGAGCUUUGAUGGGGAGGGUAGCACCAUCGAGGUGGUCAGGUGCAUCAGGUUGGGACCGGACUCAGGUUCAUCCAGAAGUGUGAGUAACAUGGAACUGACUGUGGAGAGGGAGGAGGAGGGGGACAGGGGGAGAGACUUCCGGUCCCUGAGCAGGAGAAAGAGUAGCUAUUCUGUCUCUCUGCUGACGAGUUACAGUUCCAAAAGAUCUCUUUCCAGAAGGAUGUCCUCCACUACCUCCACUGUCAAGCCCUGUCCUCCCAUCCACCCUUCCUACAUGAAGACCACCACCAGGCAGCUGACCUCACCCAUAGGCUCUCCAAGCCAGAGCCCCCAUAUCCCCCGUAGGAUGGAGCCAGGCUCUGGGGCAGGGUAUGGGGGCCACAAGGCCCAGAGAUGGAGAACCACCAGGCAGAGGUCCUGCAGUAUCGCCGGGCCUUUCAGUCAUUCAGCAGACUGGACCAAGGUUCUGGAAGGCCUCAGAUUGAGGCAUGAGUCCGCCACUGACCUCCAGGAACAUGGGGGGUCAGAAAGAGGCUUUCCAGGGGCGAGUCUGACCCUAGGCACCAGACGAGGUGUCCAGACCACCACCACAGAGCCCUAUCAAGAUGUCUUUUCUGGUCACGCCUUGUUGGAGCGUCUAUGUCUGCAGGAGGGGGAGGGAGCAAUGGAUGAGGCUGAGAGGUUGUGUUGUUGUAUGAUGGGCAUGGGGCUGCUGCAGCCCCUCAGUGAUUGUUUCAGAGAGCAGCAUGAAGACAUUGUCACUCCAGUCACAGCCACAUUUAAUGACGACCAGCUGUAUACCUGGGCUACCUUCGGCCUGCCCUCCCACAUCUGGGAGUCCCAUGAAGGGCAUACCCCAGGCCACAUCCAGGUCCUGUGGCCCCCUCCACAGCCAGCUCGGCUCUCUGGAGGGGCCCCACCACCUCCACCCCCACCCCCUCUCCCUGGUGGGGCUGGUCCUCCUACUCCUCCACCCCCUCCUCCUCCUUUACCAGGUAUGGGUGGACCUUGUCCCCCACCUCCACCCCCUCCCCUGCCAAGCUUUGGACCUCCACCCCCACCCCCUCCACCAGGUAUGGGCCCCCCUCCUCCGCCCCCACCCCCCGGCAGUGGACCUCCUUCUACCCCAGGCUUUGGCCCUCCUCCCCCUCCCGGUGGUUUCAUGGCCUCCAUGGCCCAGGUUGCUGGCCCCCAGAAGGCACCCACCGAGCCCCCCAAGCCCAUGAAGCCUCUCUACUGGACCAGGAUCCAGCUGCAUGCUAAAAAGGAUGUGAGUGGUUCUCUGGUUUGGGAGAAGAUCGAGGAGCCAUCAGUGGAUUUUUAUGAGUUUGUCGAGUUGUUCUCCAAAAGUGCUGUGAAGGAGAAGAAGAAGCCAAUAUCAGACACCAUCACCAAGCCCAAGGCCAAACAGCUGGUGAAGCUGUUGAACACCAAGCGAUCUCAGAACGUGGGGAUCCUCAUGUCUAGCAUCCACUUGGACAUGAAGGACAUCCAGAAUGCCAUUCUGAACAUGGACAACACUGUGGUGGACCUUGAGACCUUGCAAUCCCUGUAUGACAAUGGAGCCCAGCAAGAUGAGAUGGAGAAGAUUGAGAAGCACAUCAAGUCAUCCAAAGGCAAGGAUGACGCAAAGCCAUUGGACAAGCCUGAACAGUUUCUCUUCCAGUUGUCCCAAAUCCCCAAUUUCUCAGGAAGGGUGUUUUGCAUCCUCUUUCAAUCAACCUUUGUUGAAUGUAUCUCCUCCAUCCUCCGGAAAGUAGAAAUCCUUCAGAGAAUGUGUACGACUCUGCAGAGUGGUCAGUUUGUGAUGCAAACCUACGUCUUAGCUUUUGGGAACUUCAUGAACGGAGGGAACCGAUCGCGUGGGCAGGCUGACAGCUUCACUCUGGACAUCCUGCCCAAACUCAAGGACGUCAAGAGCAGUGAUAACUCUCAGAGUCUUUUGUCAUACAUCGUUGCUUACUAUCUAAAGAACUUUGAUAAGGACGCCGUUAGAGAGACCUGUGUCUACCCUCUCCCUGAACCCCAGGACCUCUUCCAGGCCUCUCAGAUUAAGUUUGAGGACUUUCAGAGAGACCUACGCAAGCUAAGAAAAGACCUUAACGCAAAAACUGAUCUGGAGGCACAAGAAACACAACUAGAGAACACUCAUAAGAUGUUCUAGGAGUUGAGCGUGUUCUUUUCAGUCAAGGCCAAGGCGGGUGAGAAGGAAGUGUCUCCCAACACGCUGUUCUCGGUGUGGCAUGAGUUCUCAACUGAUUUCAAAGACCUUUGGAAGAAGGAAAACAAACUGAUGUUACAGGAACGACUGAAAAUGGCAGAGGAGGUCUUCAAACAAGCCAGAGAGAAGGCCUCAUACACCAUCAAACCCAAACAGUCCUAUGGAAUAAAAGCCAAACUGGGUCAGAAGAUCUGAGCCAAUGGACUGGUUAAGUCUUACCCAGGAGAGGUAUGCACAAGUGAGAUAAACACAAUCUGAAAUUGCUUUUUAGCUAUUGUAUUGUAUUUAAAUAUAUAUUUAUUAUGUUAUUUUCUUUUGUUUCUUUCGGUCAGCCAACUGGGUAUAAGUAUGCCCGACAGGUUGUUACCUUGUUGGAAAGUGUGAUAUAAACACAGUACCAUGCUUUGGCUUAAUCUGUCAAUGAGACAUUUCCCCCAGGUCCAAAUAGCGUAUUCUGCUGUCCAAAGUAAGUAUUGUAGAUUGAAUUAAACUGCUAAUAAUGUCUGGCCAUUGUAAAGAGAAAUACAUUGUUUUACAGUGAGACACAUGUAUUGUGGUAUCAGCCUAUCUCCUGUAGCUAUAGAUAGAAGACACCAGUUCAGACAAUCAUGUUUUACAGAGAAAAUAAGCUGUUUAUAUCAAUCUCUGCACUGCCUUCCAGUAUAAAGAGGAGCACAAGAGUGGGCUUGUAUAUAUUUGCCUACCAGACAGCAAGUGCCUUAUAGCACACUGAGCUACAGUAGUUAAGGACAAAUGAGCCAAUGAAAUUCAACUAGAUUACUCUGACUUUACAACCUGUAUGGAAACCAGUCCUGCUUAGUGAAAACCUGUAUUGCGACAAUCAUCAGUUUAUCAUACAGCGUAGUUCCAUAGAAGAAUGAUACGUGAUGUACAGUUGUAGUUUAUGCAAUAAAUCAUGAAAUGAACCAUGACUUGAGCUUAGUGGCUAAGGUAUUUAGUAUGUCAUCAGGACUUCUCAUCAUCCUUUAUUUUUUUUAUUAGCUACAGUGCCUUCUGAAAGUAUUUACACCCCUUGAC